AUCAAUCAGCCAAUAGGAGCUGCUUAACUCAUCAGAUUCCCGCCUUCCACGAUAACUCAAGACCGGCAAACUAAAGGUCGUUUCGCCUAGAGGAACUUGAAGGUCUAGCAACGUCAAGGAAGAAUCGAUCGACAAGUAGGAGCUGUUUGGAUUCAUAAUCAGAGAUGGCCAAUCUGGUGAAGGAGGUCAUCGAUGUCGGGUCCGAGAUCAAGACUCUGUUGGAGAAGUUUAACAAUCUGGAGUGCUGCAACAUCUGCAACUUUAUGGAAACACUGUGCAAGGACCUGAGGAUGCUCCCAGAGGUGCCACUGAUAAGAGACAACCAGAGCAUGAAGGACACAAUGGAGAGUCUCAAAAGUGUCCUCGGGAGAAUGGCAACGGAAGCAAAGAAAUGCCAAAAGAAUAGGGCCGCCCUCAAAGCCUUCAAGGCCGACGACAUAGCCCGCGACCUGAACGUGCUGAGACUAGAAAUAAUACAGAAUAUACUUUGGUUAAAAGAUAUUGCUGGGCGCACUACCUACUCACUGCUGGACCGAAAAAUCAACCAAAAGUCAAACAAAUUGGAGAAAAUUUUGGAUGCCAUCAAAUCCCUUCUUGUGCCCCUAGAACAUAAGGUGGAACAACCGGUGCAGACCACCAACUCAACUGACAAUGCUAGCAACAAAAACAAAAACCAGACAAAGAAAUCAGGUUUUUAUUUUUGCGAGAUAAUAGUCUACAAUUGGUCAGAAUUGGAUGCCGCAAUAGCAUCAUCAAAUCAUGAAAAAGUCGAAGGCAGCUCUAGUUUUGUCUACAAGGAUGUAUUACACAACAACAAAGCAGUUGCCAUCAAGAAAUUUAAGGAGUUCAAUGAUAGCAACAAGAAACGCUUUAUUAAAGAACUCAAUAUCAUUUCAAAGCUCCAGCACGGGAACAUAGUUGAACAUUUGGGACAUUGCUACCAAAACAGAGAGAUUCUGGUGCAGACAGAUAGUGAUUUUGAUUUUCAAAUAAGACAACAUCUAGCUUUUGUCAGCGGAUACAUUUCCAACCAAAGCUUGGACAAGGUUAUCAAAGGGGAUGAACAUGUUGAUUGGCCCAAUCUUUUCGGGAUAAUUCAAGGAAUAGCCAAGGGCAUAUGUUACCUGCAUAUGAAACGUGUUGUCCAUAUGGAUCUGCAGCCAAAAGACAUCCUGUUGGGCAAGGGCUGGACUCCUAAGAUCAACAAAUUUAAUAAAGCUGAAUUAAUAUUACUGAAGGAACCUCCCUUUUGUUUCGACACAGCCAAAGGGACAUAUGUUGCUCCGGAACUAUCGCUUGAUGGAGGUAUGUGUGAGACAUUGUCACUUGCUUGGGCCCCCAAAAUUAUGGAGCCAACCAAGUGCGAUGUGUACUCCUUUGGCAUCAUCCUCCUUGAGACCAUGAGCGUGGUGUGGAAAAAAUGCCGCGGCCCUCCUUCCAAAGAAAUCCGCGAACAGUGGGCUAAGAGGCUUGAGAAAAGGGAUCUAUUUGAUCAACAAUUGGUAGCUGACGAUUCAAACCGGGUUCUGGCAUUAAGGUGCGUGCUUGUCGGGCUGAUAUGCUGUCUUCGUGAGCCGGCACGGCGGCUCUCCAUGGAGGAGGUUGUUGUUAGGAUUGGUGGUCCACGCACGGAGGUUGUUCCAGCAGCCGCGCCAUCGAGUUCCUCAGCCGCGCAGGCGAUUCCAAGGCAGUGAUCGUCUGCGGGUGCAACCACGACGUCUUCCUUGUGCAUUUAUGCUGUUGGGUGUAACUCUGUACUAUCUGAAUCUGGAACUCGUUUUCAUUUGUGCGUCUGUUUGUGCCUGAAUGCUAUCGCUAUAUAUGGUAAGGUGCGGAAUUUGAUAUGUGUGUAUUUAUCAGAACGCUACUGUGUAAUGUACUACUUAUUAGUAGAGUGUUCAGUGAUGCCCGGAUUUGUAGUAGUAUACUUAUUUGAUUUUUCGCUGUUGCCCAGUGUGUGCUCUGUAUACUACUGAAUGAUUAGUGAAAGAAAAGUGGAUAGCUGAGCUGAUUGCAUGGAACAUUAUUAGCUUGAUAAUAA